AGAGGCGGGGGGAGGGCUGCGCAUGCUGGGAGUGUGUGUGCGCUCUCGGCUGCAGCAGGUGAAGCAGAGCACAAGGAGCGGUGAGCAUCUUGUGUCCUCAUAGUCGUCGUGGGCCGGCUUUGCCCCGGUGUAGCCAGGCUGUCCUGCGAGAGGAUUUGAGUUGGUCGAAAUGAGCAAUCGUAAAACCAAGGGUAACAGUGCAGUACAUCCAGAAUGUCUUUCACAGGUACAAAGAAUUUUACGUGAAAGAUUUUGUCAUCAGAGUCCACAUAGUAAUUUAUUUGGAGUGCAAGUACAAUACAAGCAUUUAAUUGAGCUACUCAAAAGAACUGCUAUCAAUGGAGAAAGUAAUUCUGUACUUAUUGUUGGACCAAGAGGAUCAGGAAAAACCAUGUUAAUAAAUCAUGCUUUGAAAGAACUCAUGGAAAUAAGAGAAGUGAGUGAAAAUGUGUUACAAGUUCAUCUAAACGGACUGAUGCAGAUAAAUGAUAAAAUUGCUCUUACGGAGAUCACAAGACAAUUAAAUCUAGAAAAUGUAGUUGGAGAUAAAGUUUUUGGAAGCUUUGCUGAAAACCUUUCAUUUCUUCUGGAAGCUUUAAAAAAAGGUAACCGUGCUAACAGUUGCCCAGUGAUCUUCAUACUGGAUGAAUUUGAUCUUUUUGCUCAUCAGAAAAACCAGACACUCCUUUAUAAUCUUUUUGACAUUUCUCAAUCUGCACAGACACCAGUAGCAGUUAUUGGUCUUACAUGUAGAUUGGAUAUUCUGGAACUCUUGGAAAAAAGAGUGAAGUCACGGUUUUCUCACCGACAGAUACAUUUAAUGAAUUCAUUUGAUUUUCCACAAUAUAUGAAAAUAUUUAAAGAACAAUUAUCUCUACCUGAAGAAUUCCCAAAUAAAGUUUUUGCUGAAAGGUGGAAUGAGAAUACUCAGUCUCUCUCAGAAGACUCAACUGUGCGUGAAGUUCUACAGAAACUUUUCAAUGUCAACAAAAGCUUACGGUCGUUACAUAUGCUGUUGAUGCUUGCUUUAAAUCGAGUAACAGUAUCACACCCAUUUAUGACUUCAGCAGAUCUAAUGGAGGCACAGCAUUUGUGUAGCUUGGAUUCUAAAGCAAGUAUUAUACAUGGGCUAUCAGUCUUGGAAAUCUGUCUUAUAAUAGCAAUGAAACAUUUAAAUGACAUCUAUGAAGAAGAGCCCUUUAAUUUUCAAAUGGUCUAUAAUGAGUUUCAGAAAUUUAUUCAAAGAAAGGCCCAUUCUGUUUAUAACUUUGAGAAGCCUGUGGUCAUGAAGGCAUUUGAGCAUUUACAACAACUGGAAUUAAUAAAACCAAUGGAAAGAACUUCAGUCAAUUCACAGAGAGAAUACCAGCUAGUGAAACUACUUUUGGAUAAUACUCAAAUUAUGAAUGCCCUACAGAAGUACUCCAACUGCCCUACAGACGUCAGGCAGUGGGCAACAUCCUCACUAAGUUGGCUGUGAACAUUUUAAGUACAUUUCUGUAAAGAACUAAAAGCUACUGCCCUCUAUCUAACAAGAUAUGUUAUUACAUUCCUUUGUUUAUAAAUAUUGUUUAUGAGAAACCUGCACUUAGUAUCUUGGCUUAUGUGUUGAAUCAUUACUAUACAUACACAGUCUCAUUGAUUUAAAUUAUACUAUCAUGGGGAUAGUCCAUAUGAUGAUUUUAAGUGUACAUUCUGGAUCUACUUUAGUUCAGAAGGGAUCAGAAUUUGCCAUCUAACAUUACCUUAAAGGAUUCCAGGGAAACUGCUUCCACAAAAUAAUGAGAAUAUUUGCAGUGCUAGCUGUUUGCGCCUAAAAGGAAUUCCCUAAGACAGAAUGUCAGUCAAAGGUGCACAUCAUAAAUUCAUAGACCCAACCUAAAAGUAACACAGGUUGAGGUUUAAUCAUUCACUGGCUUCAUUUGUUCAAGAAUAUUUCAUUGCAUAUUUGUUCACAGUAAUAUUUUAUAAUUUAUAAAACAUCACCCUUCUGUGUGCAAUUUAUAAAGAAUUUAACUACAGAAUUUAGUACUUACAGAUUAGAAAACACACCAGUGGUAGUAUCCAGGAUCACAGUAUGGGACUGACCCUAAAGCCCAUGUUAAUAAAAACUAAAGCUCAGCAACAUAUUCCUUACUGUUUUUACAGGAUACUUUAAGAACUAAUUUAGCUUUUAAGAAAUCUCAACUGUUAAGAUUUCUGUGCAUUUAAAGUUCCACCUCAUAGGUAAAAACCCACUUUCUUCAUAUGCAGCCUUGCCUUUCCUACAAUAAACCAUGUUUAGCCUUCUACGUUUUAAGACUUUUUCCCAGCCUUAUCUCAUUAAGUUUGCUUGGUGGUUUCAUGACACAAUCCUCACAUUUUCAAGGAUGAAUUUUUUUUUUCCCCAAAAUACUUAACAUGAUAGCAUUACUACUGAAUAAAAGUGAAA